CAACACGCAGCAGACGUGGAGGCAGCUCCCCGGCCGCUGGCAUUGCUGCUGCAGGCAGAGACCCUCCAUUGUCAGCCCUGGGGGGGCGGCGGGGCCGGGCCCUGCAUGGGGGUGCGGGGAGAGGUGCAGCGGCGGCAGGGCUGGCGCUAGGGGCUGGCUGGAGGGGGCACGGGGGGGCUGUCACGGGGGUGGUAUCCUGUGCUGCCGGGGCUCGGGGAGGGGUGCCCCUGGCCCGCCGGGAGCAGGGGUGCGAUGAGCUCCCAGGAUGAGCAGUUCCAGGCGGCAGCCCCUGAGCCAGGGGCUCCCUGCGCCGAUGACGGCAUGACCUGGUGGUACAGGUGGCUCUGCAGGAUGGCCGGGGUCGCCGGGGGCCUGUCCUGUGCCUUCGCUGGUCUCUGGAGCUGUGUCACCAUCAACCCACUGAACAUCGCAGCUGGCGUGUGGAUGAUGCUCAACGCCUUUGUCCUGUUCCUGUGUGAAGCCCCCUUCUGCUGCCAGUUUAUCGAGUUUGCAAACGCCGUCUCUGCAAGGGCAGACAAGCUGCGGCCCUGGCAGAAAGCUGCUUUCUACUGCGGGAUGGCUGUGUUCCCUGUCGUGCUCAGCCUGACGCUCACCACGCUCUUUGGAAAUGCCAUUGCAUUUGCCACUGGGGUUCUUUAUGGCCUGUCGGCGCUCGGCAAAAAGGGAGAUGCCAUUUCCUACGCUCGGAUUCACCAGCAGCAGAAGCAGAUGGAUGAAGAGAAGCUCACAGGGGCCCUGGAGGGACAGGCUCUCUGAAGCAUGCGAGUUCAGGGUAACCUCUCCUGGACACUGCAAUAGUGAAGCUAUGGAAAUCCACUGCCCUUCCCUCUGCCCACUCCCCUCUCUGCUACACCACGAUUUCCCUGGACACUGCAGCAACUGGAAAUCUCAGGGCCUGGGGCAGGCUGUGCCCUCUUCUCACACCAGCAGCCAGACCUCAGUGUGUUGGCCCCUUUCUCCUCCUCAACCCUCAGCCAGAUAUCUCACAGUCUCCCUAUUCUUUAGGUUUUUGUGGUUUGUUGUUUGUUCUUUUAGGGGUGGUGGUGGUGUUUCUUCUUUUCUGCAGAGGUGCUGGCUUUUGAGUGCUGUUACCAGCCUGAGCAGGUAGCCUUUCUUUGGAGUGAUGCCUGCAAGCAAGUAGAAGAUGCAGUGCUCCUUUUGGAACUGCUCUCUGCAUGGGGUGAGGAGGGACAGAGCUGACAUACCAGCUUCUCACCUGCACUGGUCUCAUGGGAGUCAGGGAGCUGCUGGCUCACGCCGGGGGUGACCUGCCAUUUCACAUUACAUAUUUAUAGUAACGCUCCCUGGUGUGGCCCUUCCCAGGUAUAACACAUGAACCCAGGGUUUGGCAAUGCAUGGUGAUGCUUAAGCUUGGUCUUCUUCCAUUCAGUAUGUUUUAAUCUGGGUCCAGUUAGGGCAGGCAUGGGAAAGGACUGCAAAAACCUAUGCAAAGACCAGAACCAUCUCUGCAGAGGAGCUGCCAGAGGUGCUGGGGCGGAUCCUGGUACCUACAAAGUGCAGUCCCUGCUUCCUCUGCAUAGAGCUGCAGGCACUUCCUGCAAUUUACUUGAAUUACAAGAAUUAAUUACUUUGUCUUAAUAAGGGUGCUUCUCUUAAGCUUCACUUUUCCUGGGGAAAGUGAAACUUUUUACCUUUUCCUGGGGAAGAAGGUAAACAAGGUUUGCUUUACCUUAGCUGGGAAAGGGUACGAUUGCUUGAACCAAGAGGGAUUUUUAUCGGUGUUAAGGAGCAUCCUUCUCUUGUGAGCCUGGGACUCUGCUCCGUUACCUCUCACUCUCUGCUCCUGCUCCUGUGACCCGUCCUUCCCCACAAGGGACCUGCUUUUUGCUUCUGUUUGGUGCAGUCUUUGCUUUGGGCUCAUGUUCUUCCUGUAUCAAUCGUGAAUUGGUUUUGUAUGGGAAGGUGGCAUAUCCUUCCUUUGCAAACACAGAGAAGACUGCACCGUUUCAGUGCAGAUAGCUGGGAUGUCUGGCUUCUUUAUUCCAGGCUCCAUCGGUGGUUUUCCUAUUUUCUGUUUGCUUUGUAACAUGCAGAACAAAACUGCUCACAAAGCUCAGAUCCCCCUCUGCUUGUUAUGGUUUCUUCUGUGGAGGUUAAUUUAUUUGUUUUUCACAUGAUUGCUUUUUGUUGUCAUUAGGAAAAGGUGGAAUAAUUUAGUUUUGUUUAUUUAAGUAUUUUGCUGGGGUCAUUUUCUUUGGACGCAGGAGGAAGGAGCGCUCUGUUUCCUGUCCUUCAAAGGACUGCCUCAUUCCGCUGAGGGGGGUCUAUGAACCCUCUGAGCCCUGGCUGCUGUGACUGGGAUGUUGUAACUGUAGAAUCCUAUUUCAGCCUUCAGAGCAUUUCUCAGAUUUCUGAAAAGUGUGUUGUCUUUUGACCCCUUUGUCUUCUUCUGGGCCACUGGCUUGACAAAGUUUGGUUUCCCCCUCUACUGGGAGAGAGAAGGGAGGAACACUGGGCUGUAACUGCUGGGUUGCAGGUUUGUACUCACUUGGCAGCCACGGCAGGUAGCAGGUAUGGUGAGCAGUGGCAGUGGGGACUGCAGCCUAUUCUUUGUCCUCUGCCCUGGGAGCAGAGCUCCCGCUGCCACCAAAACUCUGUGGGACCCAUUUGAAUCCCUGGGAUACCAGAGGGGUUGUGCUGUGAUCAGAGAAAUGCUGUUGGAGGCUGACUGCUCUCCGUCAGACGCGUCUGUCCACCAACCACUCUGCAGCUUCGGAGCAGUGUUGUGUUGAAGACUAUCUAUAUUACAUGUCUUUCCUCUAGGUACGGUGUGUGUUCACAUCAGGGGAACACCAGCACAUCCCUGGCAGGGCCUGGAGAGGUGGCUGCGUAUGGGAGUAGCCUGUGCAUUGCAGCGGGAGCAAAGCGGUCCCUGGAGAUCGGCGGGCUAACCUGCCAGCUAAUGUUAGCUCUUGUUUCUUCCUUGGAGUUCAGGGAGGUGUGAGGAUUUACACCAGCCAGGAACGCGGCUUGGGUUUAUUUACACACAUGGGCCCCUGCAGCUGGAUGCUGGGUAGCCACUUUGCGCUAAGCCCCUUUCCCCCCACGGCCUCUGAACUGUAGUUGCUCUGGCACCAGCUCGUGUGAGACGCAGAGUAGGUGCCACUAGCCCAGACGCAGCUUGUUUCAAUAAAAACUGUGUCAUUUCAGAGCCCCUGGGCUGAUCCCUGCUGCCGCACGCAACACAUGGGCCACUGACAGGGAACACAGCCUCCUGAGUGGGUCACGCUGCCUGCAGCAAUGGGGUGCUGCAGGGAGAGUACAUGGCAGCCUGUGGGGUACCUUAGUGGUGACAGCCUCUCUGCUUUUGGAGCCAGAGGUGUCUCUGUGCAGAACCUUUACUGGCUGGUUCGAGUGCUGAGUCCUGCCUAGCAAACAGGACAUCUGCUGUGAUUUCAGGGGGGUUUGGGGACUUAAGUAGUGCUUAGUAGAGGAAUGUUGCACACUGAUGCACAUAGUUACGAGCAUGUCUUUGGUAGUGACUGCUUUGCUCUGUGAGUAGUUCCACAGUAGUUUUAGUGACAGGAGGUGAAAAGCAAAGCAGAGGUGAUGAUAGAGAAAUGCUUGCAGCCUGGUCUCCAUCCAUGGUGAUGAACAACAGAACUUAUAGGACCCUCACUGGCUUCAUCUGAUUGUCCUCAUGCCGCAGACCAGCAGCAGUCCCUGUUGCAGGCGGGUGCUGCUCCAGGUCACUUGAAGGGCUCGUGGGCACAGAAGAGUUAUUGUGACAGUUGGUGGAUGGUCUGACCUCUGUGUGGACAAGACACUUUUCGUGGAGAUAGAAAGGACCGUUAGAGUAGUAGCAUCACAGUAGUUAUAUGCCUGUUCACAGUGCAUGGUGGUUAAUUGUGUUUAGAGGCACCAUUGGGAUGCUUGGGGCUGUGUAAGGAUAAAUGAAGUUAAAAGCCUGCUCUAGAGAUUUUACAGGCUCAACCCAAUCCCUGCUGAUGGCAUCCAAGCUAAUGGAUGGCUAGUCCACGGGGUCUCUAUGGAAGGGGUUCUGCUUGCCAGGUCUUGGAAAGGCCUCUGGGGUACGAUGGGACAGAAGUUUUGUUACGUGAGAACUCAAGAGCAGGUGAUGCAUUGACCAUAGUGAGUUGAUAGCAAGUGUGGAAAGACAUUGGCAGCACACAUGCACUUGGCACUGGACUGUUACACUAUUCACCAUGAGCUGUGCACUUCUUACCCAGGUGCAUUUAUACAGCUGCAACGCUUCCAUGUCCCAUUCAGUCAUGAAGUUGACAGCACUCAUGCAUGUUAACUCCGCUGUCCCCUGGGGCUGUCUGUUGGGCCUGAAGAGAAGAGCAGAAGCUCACCUUCUGCUGCGCACCAGGACCUCGCUGCUCUGGGCAGGAGCUGAUUUUGUAACACCGAUUGAUUCUCUGUGUGUGCAGUGAAUAAAAAGACCAUUCUACCUCUGGAAAGAGCCACUGUGAUUUCUCAGACUCUAAAAAUUGUAGCAAAACUGCUCAGACUUUCUAUAUUGAACAAAGGAGUCACUCAGAAAAUACUUCUCCAAUGAGGUUCUCACAGAACAUGAAGAGUCCAAUCUCAUUUCAUAUUUGGGCAUUUCCUCCUUAGGCCAAGCCUUGGAAAGCUCAAUUAAUCUUUGUCAUUUUUUUUUCCUCAGGAAAAAAAACAGCCACUGUCUUCAGGGAAGGGUUUCACUGAAGUGAAGAUAUCAAGACCUGGUCCAUAGCCGUGUGAGCAAGAGAACACUUUAGCACAGGGCUGCUAGAGAUCCUGAUCUUCAGAAGGUCAGUGGAAAGCAGAGGCUCUUGAGACCUCUCAUAAUCAGGCCAUGCUUAGAAACAUCAUAUUCCAGCCAGGACUGAACAUCUUUCUGGAAAUGGGUCUCAGCAGCAAAGGUUGGAUCUAAUGCUGAAUUUUCUUUGUGGGUUUAAUUUUGGCCCAUCUGUUCCUCUCUCCCAGGCUGCUUUAAAUCAAUGCUCUGAUAAAGCAUAUCUUCUCUUCAGGGAUUUCUCUCAUCUCCCGCUGUAGGGGUUCUAAGUAGUAGCUAGCAUAUCUUGAGAUCUGGGUCAAAUACAUGCUGUGUUACCCGUGCUUCCUUGUCACAGUGGGCUGAAUGUUCUGGGAAUGGGAGGACACAAGCAUCUCCACCAGCUCUCAGGGUGCCAAGUGCAUUUCAGAAGGUUGGACAAAUGCUUGGGCAAAUCAUCUCCCAGCUCAGCCUUUGUUGUUCUGCUCUUUUGGGAGAAGCUUUUACUCAGCAAGUAAUCAGCAAGGCCAUUCGUUCCUUCCAUAACCACAUCCUGCAGCUGUGUUUUACCUGGAGUUAGGCUCUAAAUAAAUUAUAAUGUCCUUAAUCCUGCAGGACACACAGGAAAAAAUGGUAAGACAAUUUGCUACUAACUAUGACGUUGAAAUCUUAAAGUGAUGGAGGUGGAGGCUUCACACACAACUGUGAUGGAGGCGCAUCCACCUUUCUUUGUGGAUGAGUAAAACCCUGUGGUGGGAAGCACCCACCCCAUUACAGUACCCACCAUGUCUUUCCUACAGUGAAUCGCUUGCACUACAGCUGAAUGUGUGUCUGUUCCUGUUCUUUGUUUUGUCUUGGAUCUUCUCUGUGAACUGUAUUCAGUCUUGUUUAUUAGGCUUCUAGUGUAAUGUGUGUUUUUAGAGCAAUAAAAUGUGGCAGCUUUUUAUACAAAA